UUCAAGUGCCUUUGAUGAAAUAAUGCCGUCUAUUGGGACUUAGGAGACCUUCUUCUGUGUUGCAUACCUGCCCUCUGAAAAGGUUUCCCCUUAGAGACCCAUUUAGUUCCCACCCUGAUAAUGUUCUGCUGGUUUUCAGAAACCUGACUAUAAUGAAGAAGAGGAUGAUAUAAAGCAAAGAUCAUCAGCACAUUUGUAAAUGUAAAAUUAACAGUGCUGUCUACAUGUUGGCUUUUAAUUUACCGUGUCCAAUCAAGUAUUUGAAACCUGACAACUUUACUGAAACGAGUACUAAAUAUAGAUGGCAACAUCACUCUGCUUCAGGGCUGAGCUUGUGGUUCUCAUUAACACAUUCAAGUGGAUUUGGAGAAGAGAAAGGAACAACAUUGCUGAUAUAUGCAUAUUUCCAGCAUUUUAUUGUGAAAGAAAAUAUAUUAGUUGGGGAUGGUUUAGAUGUAUCAUGAAGAGUUCUUCUGAAAGUGUCUUUAAAAAUUCAUACGAAGAAGGGAAACUUUAUGCUGUCGAUUCAUUGAACAACUUAAAUGAACAUGUUUCUGCAGCUCAAACUCAGCCCCCAAGGUUGCAGGACCCCCUGGUUGUUUCGUUGGAGAAGCACUGUGCCGACUGCCACGUCACUGGCGUCUGCCUGCACUACGAAGGGGGCGUCAGGCUGCGGGUGGAGCAACCAAACGGCAUCACACGAAACUGGAAACUGCCCAGUGGGCGAUUGAAUGCCGUCUUCCAUUCGUCUCCUCGCCGUAUCCACACCCUCACCAAUGGGGCAGCAGAACGCGCCAACGCCAUGGUGGAACGCUACCUCCAGAGCUACGUGACUUACCAGCAGACCGAUUGGGUGGACCUCCUGCCAUUUGCGGAAGUGGCGUACAAUAACACCGUGCAUGGCAGCACGGGGUUCACCCCGUUUCGGGUGAUCAACCCGGUGACUGUACGGUUAUGGCUGCCCCCCUUUCUGGACAAGAUACAUCCCGUAUUCCACGGGAGUCUCUUAAAGUUAGUCACCGGGGCCCCACCAGCGGCGACCGCGCCAGGACCGGUCACCGGGUCACAAUACGAAGUGCAGGAGGUGCUUGAUUCCCGGACCCGCCAGGGACGGGUGCAGUACCUCAUCCGGAGGACCCGUGUGGUCUGCGAAGACAACAUAUAUAGUAAUGGGUGUCCAAUAAUGCAAAGGGGCAUAAGAUGUCAAAGCUGGUACUUUGUCACAUUAAUCAUAAUUUUAAUUGUCAGCCUGGCACUUGUUUCCUUUGUAAUAAUCUUAAUAGUACACACUGGAGAGAAGAUGGAUGAAGUUUCAAGAAAAAUAAUACUACAAAGGAGAAGUAUUGAUGAUCUCAAGAAAUUAAAUGACAUAUUACAAUACUUUAACCAGACAGAAACAAUAGAGAUUAUAGGAAAUUUCAGCACAGCAUGCCAGCAAUCGGGCCACACAAACAAGCAAAGCCCCAUCUGUGGGAUGCAGGCAGCACACAAAACCACGCCCCCUCCACGCAACCAGUUCCUGGUGCCUAAAAAGUUGGGGACCUCUGACUUAGAUGGAGGAGAUUACCACAAAAGAUUCAUAUAAAGAAAGGAACUGUAAAUAACUACAGAAUCAGCUCAAGAAUUUAUAUUUCAUAACAGAUUUAUGGAAAGUCUUCCCAUGUGUCCCAGCUACUCAGCCUUUUAUUUCACAUUAUGCUCAUUUGAAGCAUUGAAUGGCAAUGAGUUCAUUCUUGAAACAGCAAUCUCACUUCUAAUUCUAAAAAAAAUCCAAUUUGCAAAUUGAUGGAACAUAAUUAUGGUUUCUUUGGUUUUCCACUGGUGUAAUUUCCUUUUCAACCUACUAUUCUUUUUUACACAUUGCAGGAUAUAGGGUUGUUGUUUUUUUUGCCUGUUGCUGUAGCAGAAUAUUUAAAUAGUGGGUUAAAGAAACAAGAAACACUUUUCCUCAGGAUUUAUGAUAAUUUAUGAACUGGCUAAACCAGGGUUUUUGAAACUUUUUCAAGUUCUAGUAGUUUUUUUUUUUUUAAGAAAAGAAACAAGCUUUAACAGUAGAAAUUGACAAUGAAGUGAAAAUGGCGUUAAUUGUCACCUAUCCACACCAAAAGGGCUGAGAAGGAGUUACUAACUGGAGAGACUCCUUAAUUCUGUCUACCCAAAACUUCCCAUUUAUAGUUUGGGAGAAGGGAAAAGUGAUUGGGGCAGGAUGACUUUACAGAAAGCAGGGAAGAUAACAAAAUGGCUGAAGCAUUUUCUCAGAUAAUAAUAAAAAAUAAAUAAUAAAGCUGAUUUUUGCCCUCUCAAAAAAUUGCUAUUGAUGUUCCUGAUACUUUCAUUCAACUGAUCUUUUUUUU